AUGCUGAAGAUCUCCGACUUGUGCGACGGCAGCGUGUACAUCCUAUUCGGCUGUCCCCACCGCCCCAUGUUUUUUGCGAUUGCGAUGGUCGCGGCCUCGGCACAGCUGAUGUUUUUGUACCUAUUCUGGAGGGCCGCAGACGCAGACGACGAGCACAGCGACUACCACCACGGGAUAGAGCCGUCAUGCGACAUGCCCACUGGCCAGAUUGUAUGCGAAGAAGUCGAGCACAAUAUGAGUUCUGGAUAUCUGCUCGGCCUCAUGCUUCUUGUCUCAAUUCAGCUGCCACAGCUGAUCGCGGGCGUGAAAUUGCUAUUGCGGCGUGCCUUCCUCAUUGGUGGCGUGCUCGUCUUCAAUACCCUCACCGCUUCGGCAGUAACGAUGAGAUACAUCAUGGCGACGUGCGUAACCGAGACUGCAAUACUGAAAGACAUUUUCGUAUUGCUGUUCAUUAUGGACGUCGACGAGUACUUGUACAAGGCACUCCACUUCGCGGCGGACGAGACCCUGGCUGCCAUCGUGGACGAGAUCGACAAUGCAGCCCGAGGGUACGCUCAGGUGGCGCCGUGCUGA